AUGCACUGUAAGAGCCGUGGUAUGGAAGAAGAAGAUUGGAUUAUAUGUCUGUCAGUGAUUAAACACCGCAAUCCUCUCCUAUGGCAAAGAACUGUUGAUCUAUAUGCUUGCAAGUCAAUCAAGUGCAAGCUCGUUGACUUCGAGGAAUGUAUUAGAAAACCAUUGGCGCCACUUUUCAAUGUAACUCGUGAUAUAGCUAGGCGGCUAAAUCUCGUUCAUGAGUUUAAUGUAAGUUUGAUACAUAAAGAAAGAAAAAAGCUAGAUUCUAUUGCUGUGGAUAGAAUCAAAUGUCUCAGGAAUUUCAGUAGUGGCCUCAAUAAACAGAAUGUAACUAGGUACGUUCUGCCGAAAUAUGACUUACUACUUUUCUUAUUAUCUACAUCAAACUUGAAAGUGUGUCUGACAAUUGAUUUUGAAUCCUGCUACAAAUACCUUGAGGCCUCUCAAAACUUAUUUCUUUCAUUUUGUUGCUUUCAGGUACAUAGUGUAGACGAUGCCAAGUAUGUGAACCGUUUGUUGUUUGACACACUCAUAAUGAGCUUUCUCAAGAAAAGUUUAGACGAAAAAUACAUCCAAGACAAGAUGGAACAAUUGGGACCUUUCGUUAAAAACAAGAAAACUUUAUUUGACAUCAAUUGGAAGGUUUAUUUCACACUUCAUUUCCAAUUCUUUCCCAAUUUUUUGAAUUUGAAAUUGAAAAUGUGUCAAGGAGCUGAAGAUUUAAAUGAGGUAAAGGAGCUCCUGCAUAUUGUGGAAAAUAUUUGCUUCCUAAUUGAGAGUCUGUUGCAUUUCUCACAUGCUAUGGAUAAAGAACAGGUAAAAUGUAAUAAUUUGAAGGACCAGAGAUCAAAAGCUUACGUCGAAAUUUUCUUAAACAGAUCUACUUCAAUGCCGCAGAAAUACAUCAACCAAUUCAAGUCAAAAAGUUCAACUCUGGAGCAUAUUCCCGAAAAAAGAAACACUAGGCACGCGCUACAGUGCUUAUUGCAAGUUCUGAAUAAGAUAAAUUGGUCUCUCUUCGAAAAAUUUAUAUCUUCAAGUUUAUUGAAUACUAAGAAAAUAAUUACGGCGAGAAUUUAUAUCCAGGCGGCUCUUUUAGUGAUAGGAGACAUGAAUUUAGUUGCUCAGUUUAGACUACUAAAAUGGCCUCGGUGGGCAUUUGAACUUCAAUAA